GGCGCUGCAGUUUUCUCUGCUUUUUCGGUUUCCAAUGGAGGAAUCGGUGAACGAGACGUCCCAGGGGGAUCAGUCCACCCAGGAAAACGCAACUCCUCCUGCGAGAGGAAAGGUAAGCCCAGAUAAGCCCGCACAUGAUUCAAAUUUCAUCCCGCAGAGAUGGAAUCUGAGGGAGCGGCCGCCGCCAGUCCAGAGGUUAGAGACGUCUCUUGAGAGCCAGGAGAUGGAGGUGGCUAGUGCUCCUCGCAAGAGAAAGGCUCCUGCGGAGGCCAGGGCACCAGCUCCAAAGAAGAAGGCGCAGAAGUCGCCGGUGCAGAGAGUGGCCAGUGACGAGGAGGAAGAUGGUGGGAUGUUUGCUGCAGUUCUCUGUGGUCGUAGUGCUCUGCAGGCGGUGGCCAGUGAGUGGGUGGAUCGCUACCAAGAUUCCUCAGAGACCGCCAUGGUGGAGCUGGUUCAGUUCUUCGUACACUGCUGUGGUUGCCGGGCAACCAUCACCAUGGAGACGUUCCAGAACGAAGAGACCACGAGUAUCAUUCGCUCACUGACAGAGAAUUUUGAUGAGGAGAGUGGUGACUAUCCUCUUAUUGCUACUGGAGCAUCCUUCAAAAAGGUUAAGUCUUCAUUCUCAGAGUUCAUGGAGAGGAUAGUGGAGCAGUGUCAACACGGCAUUCUGUUUGACGAGUACAUGUUGGACACCCUCAUCAUAUGGCUGGUGGGGUUCACUGACUCUCAAGUGAGGGCCUUCAGACACACCUGCACCCUCGCCUGUAUGAAGUUGGUGACAGCACUGGUCCAUGUGGCUAACUCUGUGACCACUGAACUGGACAAUACACAGCGCCAGAUUGAUGCUGAGAAGAAGCGACAGCAGGCAAAGAAAGGAGCUGCUGGGAAAUUGGAUAAACUCAUGACAAAACGAGCUGAGUUGCAGAGGCGCAGUGUGGAGAUGAGGGACACCAUGAAGGGAGUGUUCUCAAGUGUUUUUGUCCACCGCUACCGCGACGUGAGGCCAGAGAUCAGAGCUCUAUGUCUCUCUGAACUUGGAGUCUGGAUGAUGGAGUACAGGGCUCAUUUUCUUGCUGACAUAUUCUUGAAAUAUUUCGGCUGGUGUCUCUAUGACAAGGUUGGAGAGGUCCGACUGGCCAGUGUCUCGGUACUGGAGAGUCUGUACAACAGUGAGGAGACGGCGCCCCACUUGGAGUUGUUCACUCAGAGGUUCAAGGAGAGGCUGCUGUCCAUGAGACUGGACAAGGAGGACUCAGUGUGUGUGAAGGCCAUUCGGCUGGCCUGUCAUCUCCUCAAACUGGACCUCCUGGAGCCAGAAGACUGUGUCGAGGUGUGUGAGCUGAUGUUUGUGGAGAGUCGCAGUGUUAGUCACACGGCUGCAGAGUUUGCCACUCGCUAUCUCUUCUCAGAUGACUUCAUGACCCGAGCCAGAGGGGCAAAGGUCCCCAAAGGCCACAAGAAACCAGUGGACGCCCAGAUCAAACUGGUUGAGCUGGUUAGGUUUUUUAUGGAGGUGAACAUUCACCAACACGCCACUUACUUUGUUGACAGUCUCUGGGACAACACUGACGUUCUCAGGGACUGGGAAGCUAUGGUGGGUCUACUGCUGGACGACAAGGCAGGCAUCGUUCUGACCGGAGCGGAAGAGGCAGCCCUCAUUGAGAUCCUGGUCUGUGCUGUUCGCAGAGCCGUGGGCACUGGUGUGCCUCCUGCCAGGACCAAAGGAAAGGUCGUGACGAAUAAAGAGCGGAGAGCCAUCGUGGAAGAGCGGACGCAACUAAGCACAGCUCUAAUGGUCACCCUACCAGACCUUAUAUCCAAGUUUGGGUCAGUACCUGAGCAAGCCAGCAACUUGGCACACAUUCCUCAAGCCUUUGAUCUGGAGCUCUAUGCUGAGCACCGCCUGCAGAAACAUCUUGAGGCUCUGCUAAAGCACCUACAUCAGCUGGUCACGAAGCACAUGGACUCCUCAACUCUUGAUGAGACAGCGCAGACCUUCCGUUGUCUGUGUGACCCUGAAUUCAGCCUACACUCCACUGCUGAGUUGGCCUUUAAUCAACUGAUGGAUGAACUAAUACAGACAUUCAAGACCCACCUUGAAGGCUGUCAGGAUCAGCCCAUUAAUGAGGAGGAUUCAGAAGAGGCCAUUGGGCUGGCUGUGUCUCUGGAGAGGAUUGCUGCCUUUGCUAAAGUGAGGGACUUAUCUCAGUGGUCUCUACCAGAGCUACUGAUUGGUCUGGUGGAUAUGGCAGCUGAUGGACACGUCCCCGAUAGAGUGAUGUGUUCAGUGGUGGCCGUACUGAGACUAGACCUCCAGUGGAGUCUGGCAACCAUGGAUGAAACUAGUCCCUCAAGAGACAGUCUCAGAGACCUGCAGUCUCGGUUCACCCGCACCCUCCGCUGCUGUCGUGACCUACUAAUGAGAGGAGCCAGACCCGUCAUGAGGGAGGCCUACAUGACUCUCUGCGAUAUUCUGGUGGUGUUUGGUAGACAGCUGAGAGCCUGUGGCCAGCUGGGAGCUCUGGCAUAUGUCCCUGACUCUGGUCUUCAACAGCUCCUUCAGGACUAUGUGGUGGUGGAGGUGAUAGAGGGAGGAGGGGAGGAGGAGGAGGAGGGGAGUGAGCCGAGCACCGAGUCUGAGGCAGUGGCCAUAGCAGAGAGACUCAACGACCGCCGCGUCCAGCUGGCAGGCUUCCUCAAAUUGGUCCUCUUUGGGUCUGUGGAUAUGAAAGUUGCAGCUCCUGUCUUUGCCCAGUAUGUCAAACACUACCACCACUUUGGAGACCUGUUGAAGAUGGCGCUGGCUCGUUGCAGAGAGGCACAGCCAACCCAGUGGUACAAGACCAUAGCCCUCUCCCUCCAGCAGGUGUUCCUGAGGCUGGUCGAGGAGGGAGGGGGAACCGUGGACCUCACUGACCCCCAGUGGGCCGAUCUGAGGGACCUGGCUCGGAGGUACUCCCUCCCGUUCAGUUUUGAUCAGCUCAAGGCCUCGACCCGACAGAUGCUGGUUGGCAUUCACAGGGAAGGUAUAAACUUUGCCCUCACUCGACCGGAAGACCACACCCCCGGAGCUCCUCCCCCCUACAUUCAGUUCCUGUCGGUGUUGGGAGAGUUCAGUAAUCGUCUACUGGAUGUCGACAGGACUGGCAAGAAAGGAGUUCUUGUCUAUCUACAGGAGCGGCUGGGAGAGGGGGGAUGGGAGGUGGGUAGGGAUGGCUGGACUCCUCUCCAUCUCUUCAGAAACAUGCUGGCCGGAGGAGAUGGGUCAGUGGACGGCAGGGCUGGCCGCGGACGAGGCAAGGGGAAGAAGAGGACUCAGAAAGGAGGAGGAGGAGGAGAGGGAGAGGAAUGGAUGAGUUCACGACCUGCCAAGACCCAGCGUACCACCAGCCCCCAUGAGCAUUGAACACACCACAGCAUACUCCCUGUUCAUCCCAUUAUACCAUGUACAAACAGUCAUAGCAAACAUAGCCAAAACACUUAGAAAACCAACACCUGAGUAGUCUGUAACAAUACAAAGUAAUGAUGUCAGUUUUUAAUGUUCAGAGAACUCGAGUGGAAGUUGGUUAUGGAUUAAUCAUGCUAUGUAGAUAUCAUUAUAGCUAACCGCUACCUCAGUUUUCAAGGCUGGCAUCUUGUUACUUGCUCUUGUGUACCAC